GAGAGUCUGGACAUCGACCUCUUGGCAGAUUUGGAAUCUUAUUUGCAGGAUAUCAACGAUAGGCUCACGAUUUCGAGGAUGGUGAGCGAUUCUGUUAUCAAGGGUAUGGUGAGUGCGGUGGAGCAGGAGGCCGAGGAGAAGAUUGGGGAGAAGCAGCUGGAGAUAGCCAGGCUGAAGGAAACGUUGCGUGCGUAUCGUACAGUGGAGGGGAGGGAUAAGCUUUCGCCUAUUCCGUUGUCAUUGUUGAAUGAGGGGAAUACCCAGCAAGACCCAUUUUUAGUCAUCUCAAAUCCUCAGAAAGACCGUGAUGGGAAUUCGGAUUUUCUGAGCAGCUGUAUAAGCGAAGUGAAAGAGCAGCUAGCGAAACUCAAGAAAGAGGUAAACUACGUUAAAGGUGGAAAUCGUUGUAGGAGGAUUAAUUCAGGUGAUGAGUUGGUGGGGUUGGGUGGUAUCUUGCUGGAGGACGUCUCUGAAAGAUUGAUCGGUGUGGACAGUACUUUCAAUGGUCUCCAGAGUACACUAGAUUCUUUCUUCAGCCAGCUGAAGGAUAUGGUUCACAUAUCUAAGACGUCACUUCGUGAGAUGCAGCAGGAAUGGGAACUAAGAGCAGAAAUUGAGGCCAUUGUGACAACUGACUACAUCAGGAGCCUCCACAGUGAGUUUGAGAGGAAGCUUUGGGAUCUUAAUAGUUGUUCUCAUGGGUGUGAAAACCACUGGUCGCUGAAGAAGAUAAAAGAAAUAACAGCUCCUCUACGUGAGGAACUGGUUGUGCUUUCUAAUCUAUUGUCCGGUGAUGAUAAUGGACACCUAAUUUCGCAAGUGUCCUUGGAGGAUGGUGAAGAAUGUUUGAUUAAUAAAAGAACUGAUCACUUGAAUCGGAAACUGUCAGGUAACCAUUUGCUAUCAGCUUCUCCCUGGGAGGGUAGUGGCAAGCAUGAUGAGCUGAUAAUCACUAGGCCAGAGAAUUUGGACCCAGCUCAACUAAAACAUAUGGGAAGAGAUGAAUUGAUAAGUUAUUUCAAGACUGAGAUGACCAAAAUGAAAAGAUUCCAUGAGUCCAAGAUACAGGAGAAGACUGAAGAGGUUUUUAGUCUCAAGCGAGAAUACAUGAAGGACAGAGGACUUUCAUUGACGGUCAGAAAGGACAAGGAAUUUGAAGGAUUGAAGAGAAAAAUCCCUGAGGUGCUCUUGAAGUUGGAUGACAUUUUGAUGGAAAGUAACACCGUACCUCAAUCUAAUGGUGAUGCUGUAAGUUUUGGCACUAUGAGGGAGAGGUUGGAAGAUCUUCUGACUGAAAAUCACUGGCUAAGAGGCAUUCUUUCUGAUAAGAAAAAAGAGGUAAAGUGUCUUCUCUCACAAAUUUCUAAUGAUGCAAAGCAAAUCUCUUCUCAUUCUUCUGCUGAGGCAAAAUUAUUUGAAAUGAUUGGAAAUCUCUCAUGUAAACGGGAGGAUGCACAAAUUGAAGCUUCCAUUUCUGAAGUGGUAUACAUAUGUGUCAUCAAGGAGAUGAUGGCAUACAUUCACCACAUUUCUGGCAAUUUGUAUGCUCAGAAAAAUAUCAGGGAAGAUGUUCAUGAAAUUGCUCAUGUUGCUGAAUGUUCAUGCCAAUCUGAAUUUGAGAAUUUGAAUACGGAGUCUGCUAUAUUGCAAGGGUUGGAUGGAAUGAUAUUUGCAGAAGUUUUGAAGGAUGUCAAGGAGAAAUUGUGUCACUCGAAUGAUUUGUAUAUUAACGAAAUGAAGCUCAGAGCAUCACUUGAAUGGGAAGCAAUGGAAAGAGAAAGAUCACUGGAAUCGAAAAUUUCGGAGAAUGAAAAGUUAAAGCAGGAGACAACGCAGUUGGCGUUGUUGGUGGAAGAAAAGGAGAAAUUAGCUCAGGAAACAGCUAAUAAAUUGUCUAUACAGAUGAAACAAUGCGAAAUAAUUUCUCAAGAGCUUGACCUCUUGAAAGCGGAAUCAAGUAGACAGCAAAUCCUAAUUGCAGAGAUGGAUAAAAAGUCAGAACUCAUGAAAGGUAACCUUGCUCAAGGACUUGAGCAAAUUAAAGUAUAUGAAAGGGAGUUGAACAAUCUGAAUGAGAAGUUAAGUUUAGCAGUCGAAGAGUUGAGUAAAGCUAAUGAAGAGAGAGGGUUGUUUCUGGUGGCUAAUCAAGAGAAGGAGAAUGCUGUAGUGUUGCUUAGAGUUAAAGAAAGAGAGAACUUGAAACAGCUUGAGUUAAUGACUGGAACUGUCCAUGAAUUGCUGAAGAAAGUAGCUGGCUUGGAACAGAGUAUAUCGGAAGAUAUUCAGAGGAAAAACAUGAGGUUGGGUACCUUGGGGUCCCAACUGAGUUCCUUUGGGCAGCAGGCUAUUGCACUUAGAAGAAUGGGAUCUAUCUAUGAGCAGAGACUUGAAAGAAAAUGUUCAGACCUUCAAAAAGCUGAAGCUGAGGUCGAUCUCCUAGGAGACCAGGUGGAUACACUUUUGAAUCUCCUGGAGAAAGUUUAUAUUGGUUUGGAUCACUACUCUCCAAUCUUGCAACAUUAUCCUGGAAUUAUGGAGGUCCUGAAGCUUGUAAGAAGAGAGUUGACGGGGAAUCUUUAAAAUUAAUUUGACGGAUUGUCUGAUAAAUUGAUGCUUCAAACACGAGCUCAGACUGAUAAAACACUACUGCAUCCGCGUCUUUUGUCACUGUGGCAGUUCUGCAGCACCUCCAGCCAACUACUCGUCGUGCUGCUGUGGACAUGGUUCUUUUCUGUGGAUAGUAUGCCUUCUUUAGACGAUUAUAGGAAAAUUAUGAUGUCACAGGACAAAUGGCUUCUGAAGGAAUAAGGCGAAAUGUAGAUGUCUCGCAUAGACCCAUGUAAAAUUAAGGAAGAAACUAGGAAGAUGCUAGCCGAUUUUGAUGUACAAAGGUGAUGCAUUUUUAUUUUUUUGGGACGUUGGGUAGCGUUCUUUGUCCACGGAGCCAAAUCUCUAGUUCCUUCUUAUUUUUUCCUCUUGUUUUUACCUCUUGCUUAUGCAAAGUCUUCACCCUUUCUUUUC